CGAUUUUCCGUCAAUUUUAUUACCCACAACACACGGUUCGCAAGUGUCCCCACACUACUAGUUUUUUUCCCCUCGGCUGUAUCCUUUUAGAUCCUAUCAGCUGAUCCUGACACAUUCUCAAUAAUUUGCAGCACCUCGCGUUCCAUCAUCCUGUCCGACCUCCUCCAAACCCCCGGAAAACUUCACGAAUUUGCGCUAGUGAAAAAUUCACGCCCAAUCGGACCAUACAGAGAGAAGGUGCACGGCGGUGGUAUACAGGCCAAUCAAUUGGGCAAAAGCCAUGAAGUGUCUGCUGCUCGUAUAGUCUAGUGACACGGUUUUAGAUUCUUUUUUUCCCUCUGCCAAUUAUCCAGUGGUUUACCAAAUUGCGGCCUCGUUAUGAAACUGUACAGUUCGCUGCUCAAGAGUGAAAUUUACCAGAUUCUUUACGUGCAGGAUGUGUAACUUCUCCAACUACGAGGACUUCCUGGCGCUGGUUACGAAGGCGUUCGAUCCGAAGGUGUUGUUUCUUACGGUGAUUCCGGUGGUGGCUGCCUUCAAUACCCGGUUGUACUCGAGACUGCUGUUGAGCGUGCUGCUAACCGAGUACUUUAAUACGAUACUGAAAUGGAUACUCGCCGAGGAUCGACCUUUUUGGUGGGUUCGCGAAACCAGCGAAUUUACGACCUUGAACCGUCCAAAAUUGUACCAGAACGAGCUAACUUGCGAGCCAAGUCCGGGGAAUCCGAGCGGUCAUCUAAUGACCUCGACAACUUAUUUGUACGUAAUAUUUUCCGUGCUCGAGGAGGCAGCGGUUUUGCGCCAUGGAAAGCCAGUUGUGAUAAGCCUUCGCGUUUGCUACUAUUUCUCGCUGCUGCUCAUAUCAAUCUCGCGAAUGUACUUUGGGUGUCACUUUUUGCACCAAUGCAUCUUCGGAAUCCUGGCCGGUGUCCUGCUUACGAAGGUGACCAUGUCGCUCAGCUUUGAGAAGUAUUUGACCAAGUUGACGCGCAGGAGACGUUUGGCGUACUGUUGUUUGAUCUGUUUGCUGCUGCUGGGCAUUUACUGGGGCCAAAAGUUAUUCGGAGUUGAUCCCCAGUGGCCGGUGAAAAUGGCCUUCAAGUGGUGCGAUGAUCCGUUCUUCCUCGACCCCAACACGACACUGGUGUUUAGUAUCGUGCGUCUGACCGGUGCCCUGUUUGCCUUCGCCAUUGUGGGUCCAGUUCUCAAAUCUGCCGGACUAAACUGGAAGCGAAGCGUUCCGCUGGCGCUAACCAUGAUGGGCGCUAAGUGGGCAGCAAUUUACUACACCCCACGGUAUUACGGCGUCAUCGUCUACUAUCUGUACACGUUUUUAGUUUAUCUGAUUUUCACCUACGGCUACAUGCGCCUCGUCCCCGCAAUCGCGACCGUAGUGAUAGAUCCUAGAGUACAACGCAACACAAGGCCUAAAAUGAACUAAGACGAUAAACGCUCUGCUACUGCUAGCUAUUACUACUAGCUUUGACUAAAGCACACACAAAAACACACACACAUCAAAUACUCAGAAAUUGUUUGUCUUUUUUCUACAGGAUAACUACUACUGCUGACUUUGAUAACGCUUUUUAUAAAUUACGAUCUCACGCGCAAAAUUUAUCGCAUAUGUUCAAACUGUUGCUAGAAGUCAAUUUACUAAUAAAACAAAUUCUAAAUCAAAA